UUGCGUAAGUGUUCGUCGUGUUUGCAUUGGGUUUCUAUGCCCUAAACCAGUUUCUGAAACCUUCUUUCUUCAUCUGAAUUUUCGAGUUGGUGAGUCACUCAUGGCUUCGUUAUUCAAGGAUCCAUCGAAGCUUUCAGCGUAUCGAGAUAGAAGGUUCCCUGGAACGCAAGAGGAGUUUGAGCAUGCGCUUAUAACUUCAACCACCGUUUACGUCGGAAACAUGUCGUUUUACACGACGGAGGAGCAAGUCUACGAACUCUUUUCCCGUGCCGGAGAAAUCAAGAAGAUUAUCAUGGGAUUGGAUAAGAACACAAAAACGCCGUGUGGAUUCUGUUUCGUUUUAUAUUAUUCUCGUGAAGAUACUGAAGAUGCUUGCAAAUACAUAAGUGGGACGAUACUGGAUGAUCGUCCCAUUCGUGUUGAUUUUGAUUGGGGAUUCCAGGAUGGAAGACAAUGGGGUCGUGGUCGUAGUGGUGGCCAGGUGCGCGAUGAAUAUCGCACUGAUUAUGAUCCUGGCAGAGGUGGUUACGGGAAGUUGGUUCAGAAAGAGUUAGAAGUUCAAAGGCAGCUUGUAGAUUAUGGUGCUGGUUCUUUGGGCUCUUUUCCUCCUGUUAUUCCAUCUUCUUAUGGCAGACAUGGUGGAGGUCAUGGUCAUGGUGGUUCCCAUCGGCAUGGUAGAGGUAAUUACUCUAGGAAGAGACACAGAGAUGAUGACCGUCACACACACGAGCCCUCGAGAAGAACUUCAGAUCACGAGUCUCGGAGGAACACAGACCAUGAAUCUAGACCGGAAAAAAAUCCACGAUUUCGUGAGAGUGGUGAUUCUGAUGAGGAGGAGGAAGAUGACAGUAGAAAGAGACGGGCUUGAUCAGAAUUGCAUACUUAAUCAAAUUUUAAAUUGUUUUUUUUUUUUAAUGACAUGAUCAAAAGUGGAAGAUUGUUUGCAUAUCAUUGAAAAUUGCAAAUAUCUUACUGUUAGUUUAUUAGUUUAACCUAGCAUAAAAUUCUUGGCCGGAUCUGCUACAUAUGGCGAUGCUGUUGUUUAUCUUCUAUCAAUUGUCUUGUCUUUUGUUUUUGGCCAUAUUAAUCAGAUUUUUU